GCUGAUUACCCCCCUUCCUGUCCAAGCCUGCUAGAGUUCGUGUGCGGACUCCUUGGCCUGAAGAUAUUAAUACUUGCCUGAUCUUGACUCUCAUCCCGACUUUGCCGUGCCGAUAAUGGCUUCCCUCGCGCUUGAUGACUACACAGUCGCGUGGAUCUGUGCCUUGCCCGUGGAGGCAGCAGCGGCCCGCGCCAUACUAGAUCAGACCCACCCCUUGCCUCAAGGUAUCACGGAUCCAAACGCCUACGGACUCGGCGAGCUGAACGGCCAUUAUAUCGCCAUCAUUCUUCUACCACUUGGUGUGUACGGAACCGUGGCUGCCGCGACUGUCGUGUCUUGCAUGCGUAAGACUUUUCCUCAGCUUCAAUUCGGACUCAUGGUGGGAAUUGGCGGCGGGGUGCCCGGCGGAAAAAACGACAUUCGAUUAGGUGAUGUCGUUGUCAGCAAGCCAGGCGUGAAACAUGGUGGUGUGAUACAGUACGAUUAUGGCAAAAAAGUUCCAGGAAAAUUCGAGCAAACAGGAGCUCUAAAUCAGCCACCACAGCCUCUUCUAACAUGGUUGAACCAACUGGAAGCAGAUCGUUUAACAAGCAGGAACAGUUCCCUGUUUGAGAUUGUAAGCGAGGUUUUGGAGCGAUCUCCUGCUAUGAGGGGAGAGUUCUCGCCUCCAGAAGAGCACACAGAUAUCCUCUUUGAUUCAUCCUAUUGCCACCCUGACAAAGAACCUGAUUGCACGAAUUGUGACAAAGACCGAUUAGCCAAAAGACAGCCGCGUGAUAAGAAGGGACCUUAUAUUCAUUAUGGUUUGAUUGCUUCUGGGAACCAGGUGAUGAAGGACGCUGAGACACGAGACCGUCUGGCCGACGAGCAGGGCAUACUCUGCUUUGAAAUGGAAGCAGCGGGCAUUAUGAACCAGCUUCCAACGCUUGUUGUCAGAGGUAUUUGCGACUACUGCGAUUCCCACAAGCAAAAACAAUGGCAGGGAUAUGCGGCCUUGACAGCAGCAGCCUAUGUAAAACUGCUGUUAUCAAUUGUGCCUGUUGAAGAUGGCACCGCUGCACGGUCAAGACAAGUUGACGUUAAACUACAGGAAUACUACGAGAUGGACAAUCGUCUAAAGAUUAAGCGCAUCUCUGGAGAGUUCUUGGAUAUGGAGCAAUGCUAUAUUAACCUUUCGAUCAUAGAACAUCAACAAGACCGGGAUACAAUGCCGCGAGCACAACCGCCAUCCUCAGGAUUCUCACUACUCGAACGCCUGAGAAUAACGGCAGAUACUCCUGAACAGGAAGUCACACUUCCAGACCUAUUCCGUGACCGGAAAAUACCGGAUGGCAAAGUGAUCCAGCCGAGACGGAUCUUAAUUCGAGGACGUGCAGGCGUUGGCAAAACAACACUCUGCAAGAAGAUCGUGCAUGACUUUUACUACCAAAAGAUGUGGGAGACUCUUUUUGAUCGUGUUGUAUGGAUACCCCUGCGAAAACUCAAGGGGAAAUCAACUCUGGAUGAAUUUUUCCGCCAGGAGUACUUCUCUUUUCAAGCCGAACGUGACAGUCUAGUUUCCAAGCUUUUAAAGAUGGUUUUGGAUCAACCCUAUAAAAGAACUCUCUGGUUGUUGGACGGUCUUGAUGAGGUAUCAGGAGAUCGCAAUCUUUUCGGAACUGACUUGACUGAAACAUUUAACCAUCUAUUAAAUCAAGAUAAUGUGGUUAUUACAUCCCGUCCAUAUGCCGUGAACAUUUCCGGACUUACUUCCUUCGACCUAGAACUCGAGACUGUCGGGUUUCAUCCAAGACAGGUGCAGACUUACUUGGCCAAAACGAUGACAGAUCCAAAUACCGCUGAUCAGGUCCAUUCUUUCAUUCGGAGCCACUGGCUAAUCGAGGGACUUGUUCGAAUACCUAUUCAGCUUGAUGCAUUGUGCUAUAUUUGGAAUAAGAACUCCUUCUAUUCUGACGCUUUGCCACAAACCAUGACAGAAAUAUACCAGGCCAUUGAAUUGAAGUUAUGGCAAAAGGAUAUCUUGAAUUUGCAGACGAGAGAUGACGCCAGGCAGUUAAGUGAAGCUGCACUCCAGAAACUGCGAACACGCGUGCAGAUUCAUUCAGAGGUGGGCACUGUAAUGGAAUUACUGGAAUGUCUGGCCUUUGCAGGGUUAUACAGUGACAUUAUUGAAUUCCAUCAAGGUCAUCGUGAUUGGCUAUAUGAGCAACCGCAAUUUUGCAAGAGGUCAGACAAUGACCUUGACCGACUCUCCUUUCUGCGCACAUCAGAUACUUCAAGACAGGACAAGAGUUAUCAUUUCCUACAUCUUACUUUUCAGGAAUUCUUCGCCGCUCAAUAUUUCGUCCGGUGUUCGAUAUCCAACAAACCACUUCUCUGUCUCAAGCCUGGAAGUUCAAGGGGAAGCCGUACGAUGGAAAUAUCACCUGAGGGAUUUUUAGAGAGAGAAAAGUAUAGUGGGCGCUAUGAUGUGUUCUGGAGGUUUGUCACAGGGCUGCUUCAUAAUAUCGACGAAGAGCAAGCAUGCUCAUUCCUUAAAAAAAUCGAGGGGGAGCCACGAGAUUUACUCGGCCCAGCACAUCAGAGGCUGCUUAUGCACUGCUUCAGCGAGAUACCUCAGCCAGAUAAUUCAGAGCUGGAAGAGAACAUCAAUGGUUACUUACAACACCUUCGAGAAAAGAUGGAACACGGAUGCAUCCAAUGGUCUGAGUAUGAGGUCAAAUGGCUUCCAAAAAUGCGCCUUUGCAGUGAGACUGAAUUUCCAGAUCAUGUUCUGUGCGAAUUACUUAAGAAUUUCUUGCAAAGGAGAAGCUCCCAUAGAGGAAAGAUUCUGGAAUCCUUAGCCCAUCGAUGGCAUAUGUCGCCCAAGCUCAUGGCUAUAACCGCAAAUUUUAUGGAUGACAGCGACAGACACGUCAGGUGGGCGGCUGUUGAAGCCUUAGGCCACCAAUCUCCCUGGCCGUCUGAGAUCCUGCAGGCGGUCAUGGGCCGGCUAGGUGACAGCAGCUGGAGCGUCAGGCGGGCGGCUAUUACAGUCUUAGGCAGCCAAUCUCCCUGGCCGCCCGAGGUCCUGCAGGCGGUCAUGGGCCGGCUAGACGACAGCGAUAGUGGCGUCAGGCAGAGAGCUGUUCAGGCCUUAGGCAGCCAAUCUCCCUGGNCGCCUGAGAUCCUGCAGGCAGUCAUGGGCCGGCUAGACGACAGCGACGGGGACGUCAGGCAGGCGGCUAUUGGGGCCUUAGACAGCCAAUCUCCCAGGCCACCUGAGAUCCUGCAGGCAGUCAUGGGCCGGCUAGACGACAGCGACGGGGAUGUCAGGCAGGUGGCUAUUAGGGCCUUAAGCAGGCAAUCUCCCUGGCCGCCCGAGACCCUGCAGGCAGUCAUGGGCCAGCUAGAUAAUAGUGAUAAGUUCAUCAGGCAGGUGGCUAUUAGGGCCUUAGGCAGGCAAUCUCCCUGGCCGCCUGAGAUCCUGCAGGCGGUUAUAGGCCAGCUAGAUGACAGUGACUGGGCCAUCAGGCGGGCGGCUAUAGUAGUCUUACACAGCCAAUCUCCCUGGCCACCCGAGAUCCUGCAGGCGGUUAUGGGCCAGCUAGAUACCAGUGACAGGGCUGUUAGGCAGGCGGCUAUUAGGGCCUUAGGCAGCCAGUCUCCCUGGCCACCCGAGAUCCUGCAGGCAGUCAUGGGCCGGCUAGACGACAGUGAUAGUGGCGUCAGGCAGGCGGCUAUUAGGGCCUUAGGCAGGCAAUCUCCCUGGGCGCCUGAGAUCCUGCAGGCGGUCAUGGGCCAGCUAGAUGACAGCGAGUUGAACAUGAUGUCAGGAUUAGAAGCUCUCUUAUGGAAACACAAUGAUAUUCCUUCCUAUUUCUUACAGUUGCAUCCUGAUGCUGCUGCCGUGACAUUAUGCAAAAUUUGGGCCCGGAAAAGUAUCGAAGAGACCUUUGUCUGCUACAUGAGGAAUGGAAACAUAUAUUUUGAGAUGUCAGAUGGGCGAAAGGAAUUCUCUUCAUCUAGAAAAGAUAUCCAGCGUUUCAAGGAUAGAUUGCGGGCUGCGAGCCUUCACAGCCCGAUUUGGAAGAGUCUAAGCCCGAUUUUACGUUUAGUUUAUAAAGAUGGGAUGCCAUUUAGUGAAUUGAGAGAUUGAUCAAAUUACAUUCACUUCUAUUUUCAAUUAUCUUCAAUAAAAGACGGUCAGGGAGCGUAGUUAAACUUAUGCUAAAUAUUAU